CAGUGCUGCUUGAACUUCUGGCUGUGUACGUUCACUGCCACCUUUCUCUCCUCUUACUACCAGGUAUGUCGCCCGGUAAUGGGACACUGAUCCCCCUCCCUCAUUUCUGGGGCCCCGUUACAGCCACUCUUGAUUGGUGUGAGGCCAAUUACCAGUUCUCGAGGUACAUUGCCGAGGCGGCGAACACCUUUUCAAACCUGUUCAGCAUCAGUUUGGCGUUCUAUGGCGCGUAUAGAGCACACGCACAGUCCUUACCUCCGCGAUAUCUCCUAGGUUACACGGGCUUCGCACUUGUCGGAGUGGGCAGCUUCAUUUUCCAUGCCACCCUUCGUUUUGAGGCGCAGCUUGCCGAUGAGCUACCGAUGGUCUAUGUAGCGAGCUACUGUACCGCGAUAUUAUUCGAUACCGUGCCGGGCUUUGGCCUCAAGGGUUCGCCUGCCGUCAUACUUGCGACCGUGUUCAUGAUCUUCAACGUGCUAUUCACUUGGUCGUACUACUUGAAUCGGAAUCCGGUAUACCACCAGGUAGUCUUCGCAGGACUUUUAGGCAUUAUCGCACUCCGGACUCUCUACUUGCUGCGUAAUGCAGAAAUCGCAGAGAAAGUACCGAAGGACGUCAAGUCGACCGUGACGCGCCUGUUCUUGUCAGGUGCCGGAACCUUCGCGUUUGGCUUCUUCAUCUGGAAUCUCGACAAUAUUUUCUGUGACGUCGUUACGCGUUGGAAGCAUAUCUUGGGUUGGCCAGCAGCAUUCCUUCUUGAAGGUCACUCUUGGUGGCAUAUACUGACCGCCACUGGCACAUACCUCAUGUUGAUUGGCAACACAUACUUCACUCUCUGCAUCAAGGACGAUUACCGCAAGUAUGCUAUCAAGCCUGUAUUGCGUGUACCACAUCUGGAACGCGUUGACAAGGACAAGACUCAGUAGGAGAGUCUCACGAAAUGCAUCUAGCCCGAUGCUGGACAAGAGCCUGCGCAAUGACCCCAUGAUGUUUUAAUCGGUUCAUAGAUUGUUGUUGUCAUCACCAUGUACUUGCGCUAUUUCACGAGACGAAUAGAUUGCUCUAUCAAUGUUUGAAUCGUUGCAUUC